UGCUAUUCAAUGAGGGAAAGAGAGCAGAAAAAUCAAGCAAAUCAGAAGAUGAGAGCAUUUCUGAGAAUUCACCAGACCAAAAAGAGAGAAAGCAGGCGACAGUGGUUUUAUGUGGAACAUUAUGUGCAGAAUUCAAAACAUGGAUAAACAAAUUCUAAAAGGUUAUUUGUAUUGCCGUUUUUGCCACCAGGCUUUUGCUUGUCCGGAUGGCAAUUGUGCCCAAUAUAGUCGACACGAAUGUUGCCUAGAAUUGGAGAAGUUGGUAGCUGCUGACACCAAUACACCCAUUGAUGUAGUCCAACUUGUUACUAGUCAAAUUGCCAAUGGUAAUUACACUGUAGCCCCUCGCAAGAAUGCCAAAACUUUGCUCUGGCAAAUAAUGGGCGAUGUUAGUAGACAAGAUGGCAAAGUUCUAAAAAACAUAGUCUGUUGUACGGUGUGUAAACAAGUAAGGCUUAACUAUUUGAUUAAGACCAAAACUCUGAUAUAUAAACACGGUUGUAUACAACGACUCAAACAAAGUGAAAAAUUUGAUGUAAAGCAAAACUCCAAGACCCCAGUUAUAGAGGAGCCUAGCUGUUCACAGCAAACCUUAACCAACAAAAUAAAGGAUCCUUUUGAUGUAUAUGCUGAUAAUGGCGGCAAGGGUCGUAAGGUUUAUGUGGAUGGUGGUGAAAGACGAAGAUUGUGUUCUUUAGUACUCAAGAAAAUCACCCAAAGCCAUUUCACUCUAUUUCGCCGAGAUACCGACAAAAGUUUCUUGUGGAAGGUUAUGGGCAGAAUCCAAAAGGAAGAUAAGACAACGCUGGAGGGUUAUCUAUAUUGCCGCAAAUGCCACAAGGUAUACACCUAUAAACAAUUUCCCUUAAAUCUUAUGCAUCACCGAUGCAUCAAGGAGCUGAAACAGUUGGCUGGUCAAUAUUUGAAUGUUGAGGAGGAGCCCAAUGAUUUGAUAGAUAUCAUUGCUGCUCUUAUUGACAAAGGUGUUUUCCGCACUGUACAACCAAGGAAUUACAAAAGUUCUGUGUGGAAUGUUUUGUCAGAGAUACAAGAUCAAAAUGGCAAAAUAUUUAAGAGAAUCAUAUAUUGCCGUGAGUGUUGUGCAGUUAUUGAACGCUAUACCAAAAAUCAAAGCUUGGCUGUGUUUCGUCACAAGUGUUGUCAACAACAAAUGAAAAAGCAAAAGUUGCCAAUGUCCAAGGGUUUAGAAGAAGAAGAAGAGAAAGUCAUGGAUGAUUUCGAUGAUAGUGAUAGUCAAAGCAGUUCGGUUGUAUGUUUAAGUAAUUUGGAACCGAUUGUUCAAAAUUCGCCCAUAACAAAUGAAUCGGAUGAAGAAUUCUUGCUUGAGCAAGAAAUUAUUAAAAUUGAGCCCACACUUUUGACAGGGGUUGAAGACAGCGUUGAACAAUCUGUAGAUCUUGAACCUGAUGCUAAAAAUACUUCAAAUAGGCAUCCCAGUGCUGAUUUUAUUGGUGCACAAAUUGCCAAAGGAAUUUACACCAUAGCACCACGUAGGAAUAGUAAUUGUUACGAAGAAGAUGAUGGGAGAGAAACUACUUACUCGACAGUCGCUAAAAUAUCCCUAAAUCACAUUCCAGAAACAACUACAACUAAAGUUAACGAAAAUGAAAUGGAGUUGGAUGGUUGUAAAAAUAAAUUCAUUAAAAUAGAGGAAAGUCUAGAUGACGAUCUGCUGGAAAAUGAAGAAUUUAUAACUCUAAAGCCCAGCACUGCCAAAACAAUAAUUGCAGCUAGAAAAGAAACUUUAACAUGGUAUGGGGCUACGGAAUAUCUUCAAAAAACUAGUAAUGAAUCUAUGGGCCUUCAACAUAAUGAAGAUAAUGAGUCAACACAGUCUGUCAAUACAGUAACCAUUCAUAACAUGCCUGAAUCAACAACUGGAGUUAAUGAAAAGGAAAUAGAGUUGGAUGGUUCCAAUAAUGAAUUCCUUCCAAAAAAGGGGAAGCAGAACUCAAGUUCACUUGAUAAUCUGAUGGAACAUGAAGAAACAACCAUCACUAAUUCCAACAAGACAAUUAUUACAGCUAGAAAACAAACAUCAACAAGGAAUAAGGCGAAUUCUAAAAAUACCAUGGGAAUAAGCCUCAAUGAAGGUGCUGAUAGACGAAUUACUUACUCUUCUCUCAAUACAGUCCCCAUUAAUCACAUUCCAGUUACUAAUAAUGUAGUUAAUGAAAAGGAAUUGAAUCGCGAUCUUUCUAACAAUGAAUUCCUUCCAAAGAAGGAGAUAUUAACUUCAACUUCAGAUGAUGAUGAUCUAAGGGAAAAUGAAGAAUUCAUAUCAAUAGACUCCAGAGAGGAAUCUUCGAGAGUGGAUAAGGAUAGCACUAAUCUACGAACAGCAAAUAAAGCAAUGAACAAGUUGAGGGUCAUUGACAUCUUAAGAUCAGAUGAUGGUCUAUCUCUAGAGCCCUUACAGAACGAAGAAUUUAUAUCCACCACUACUUCCAAGAGAAUUACUACAGCUAGCAAAAGAACUUCAACAUUGUAUAAGAUUAAGAAAAACACAAAAAGAUCUUACAAAAAGAGGAAAAUGGUUCAGGCCAUAGAUACCUUAAGUUCAGAUGAUGGCCUAACUCAAGAGCCAUUAGAAAGUGAAGAUACCAACAUUACUUCUAAACCCAAUACUAGAGCUGGAAAACGAACUUCCACAUUGUAUAAGAAUAAAAAAAAUCAUAAAAAAUAUUAUAAAAAGAUGGAAACGGUUCAGGCCAUAGAUACGAAUGAUAGUCUCACCGAAGUGCCCAGGCAAAAUGAGCAAUGCAUUGCGUUAAGGCCUAGAACUUCGAAAACCUAUGCUGAUAAAGCCAAUGAAGAAAUGGACGAUAGGGAACAAUCGGAGUUAUCAAGUUCUCAGGAAUCAUUAACCUCUGAUAGAGACAACACCAAGUUGGAUAAAAUCUCCGAUAAAAUUGCCCAGGGCAUUUACACUUUGGACCAUCAAUUCAAAGGCAAAAGUAUGAUAUGGAAUGUAAUGAGAAAGAUUCUCAAAACAGAUGGCAGCCUUUUGAGAGGUUAUUUAUAUUGUCGUAACUGCUGUAAGACCUUUAGUUAUGAUCGUAAAUUUUCCAACUUCAACCAGCAUGAAUGUUGUAAAAAGUUUGAGUUUGCCUCUUUGGCGGAUUUAAAUUCUGCCAGGUUUCCUCAGGGUGUCAAUGAAGCUGAUGAGGAGAGCAAAAAUAUAUAUAUAAACGAUUUAAUAAGCGAUCGAAUUGCCAAAGAAAUUUAUACAAUAUCACAACGCAGCCAAGCUAAAAACAACAGUUUUAUCUGGCAUGUAAUGGCUGAAAUUCGAAAAGGAAAUGGAAGGUUAUUGCAAAACAAGGUGUAUUGUCGAAAAUGUCACAAGGUCUUCAAUUAUUUCUCGCAACAUAUCAGCAGUCUUAAGUAUCACAAGUGCUGUCAGGAAUUGAAGGACACCAUAAAAGCCAAGAAUUCAGGAAAAGGUAAGCCCCAAAGGGAUGAUGACAUCAAUUCACCCAUGUCUGAAAAUAAUUCCACAGCUAAUAUGGUAUCCGCUCAACCAAAACCAACUGAAGGCAUAGGAGUAGUAGAAGCCUUAUCCGCUAUAGAGGAUGGUAAUCCUUAUUUCGAUAUCCUCACAUCCCAGGGAUUUCCAAAGCUAAUAACCAAAAUCUCCAGCAUUGCCAAGCCAUAUGGUAGUAAUAUAAAUUUCGCGGAUCUAUUGCCUGAUUCGUACACUCUACAUCAUCAUUUGCACAAAAUGGCUCAAGAAGCCAAGGCCAAAGUGAAAAAUGAUAUAGUUGAGCUUAACAAAAGUGGUGCUUUGGCUGCCACAAUACAUGUAUGGAACGACACCUAUAUCAGAAGAACAUUUGUGGGAGUCUUGCUGCAUUAUCACAAAGAUUCUCAGAUAUUUGACAUAGCAAUGGGCAUGAAAUCUAUGGAUUAUGAAAAGUCCAGCAGUGCUGAUGUUAAUAGAAAAUUAUCCACUUUAUUCAACGAAUUUGGCAUAGAGACCUUAAAUGAUUUCAAAUUUGUCUCCACUGGCAAGGCAACUCUAUUAUCGGCAUUGGAGACCUCCAUUCAUCUCAGCAGUAGUUGCCAUUUAUUAAAUGUCCUAUUGAAUAAAGCAUUUAGACAAACAAAGGCCAUUGAAACAACUAUAAAUGCCUGCCAGGAUUUGAUUAAAUAUUUAAAAAAUGCCAAAAUGCAUAAACAUUUUACCUCGGAUUUGCUGCAACAUCAAAAUAAUUCUUCUGCCGCUUGGUAUACAGCAUAUAAAUUACUUCAAUCUUUCCCCUCCAAUUGGUUGAAAAUCAAUGAGAUUUUGGCCGACCUCGCUGAAAGUUCCAGAAUGUCGGAUAUCAACAUAGUUGAAGUCAAAGCCUUAGUUGAAAUAUGCAAUGUUUGCGAACAAAUCAAUAAACGUUUGCAAAAUUCUACCAUGCCCACUUUGUGCUUUGUGCUGCCUUCAAUUCUAAAAAUUAAAAACCUGUGUGCCCCCCAGGAAGAAGACCUUUCAGCCAUUGUUGAGCUGAAGGCCAACAUUCUUAAAUUCAUCGAUAACAUGUGGACUAAAAAGUUGAGCAUAUGGCAUAAGGCGGCAUAUUUUCUUUAUCCGCCUGCCAAAAAUCUACAAACACAAGAAGAUCUAUUAAAAAUUAAAAAGUUUUGCCUUGAAUAUAUGAAUAAAACUUCCAAAUCUUCCAAUAAAUCACACUUAGAGCUACCUUCAUCAUCCUCUCAAAGCCAAGAUGAAGACGUGGCAUUCUUUUUCUCUGGUUUAUUUAGAAAGUCUCAGAGUCCUGACGAGGAAAUCGAAAGUUAUAUCCGUGAAGAAUUUGAAAUACCUCAGAAUUUUGAUUUGUUGCGUUGGUGGACCAAAAACUCUGGAAAAUAUCCAAAUUUAUCAAAGCUAGCUCUUCAGAUUCACUCGAUUCCUGCAAGCAGUACAACAGCCGAGAAAGUCUUUUCAUUAGCCGGCAAUACCAAUGCAGAGGAAAGAAAUAAACUAUUGACAAAAUCAAUGGACAUUGUAGUAUUUUUACAUUCGUAUUACAAAAAUUACAACUUUAGAUUUACUACAUGAAAU